GGUGGCGGUAUUGCGCAAGUUGUUUGUAACCGCUUGCUAACCACUGUUAGAUAUUACUGAAGAAGAAGAAGAAGUUUUCAAUAUGGCGUCGCUGAAUGACCGAUCAGUUUGGGAUGAGGUUGAGGAUGGGAUUGGUGAAGAAGUACUCAAAAUGUCCACUGAAGAGAUUAUUCAGCGGACGCGUCUUCUGGACAGCGAAAUCAAGAUUAUGAAGAGUGAAGUUCUGAGGGUGACCCAUGAACUUCAAGCAAUGAAGGAUAAAAUCAAAGAAAACACUGAGAAGAUCAAAGUUAACAAGACCCUGCCUUACUUGGUCUCCAAUGUUAUUGAGUUGCUGGAUGUGGAUCCCAAUGACCAGGAGGAAGAUGGGGCAAACAUUGAUUUGGACUCUCAACGCAAAGGAAAAUGUGCCGUCAUAAAAACUUCAACAAGACAGACAUACUUCCUCCCGGUGAUUGGUUUGGUGGACGCUGAGAAGUUGAAGCCAGGAGACCUUGUGGGUGUGAACAAGGACUCUUACCUGAUCCUGGAGACGCUCCCCACAGAGUACGACUCCCGGGUGAAGGCCAUGGAGGUGGACGAGCGGCCCACGGAACAGUACAGCGACAUCGGGGGCUUGGACAAGCAGAUCCAGGAGCUGGUUGAAGCCAUCGUUCUGCCGAUGAAUCACAAGGAGAAGUUUGAGAACCUCGGCAUCCAGCCGCCCAAGGGUGUGCUGAUGUACGGCCCCCCUGGUACGGGGAAGACAUUGCUGGCAAGAGCUUGUGCUGCCCAGACCAAGGCUACCUUCCUGAAGCUCGCUGGCCCGCAGCUGGUGCAGAUGUUCAUUGGUGACGGGGCCAAACUGGUGCGUGAUGCCUUUGCCCUGGCCAAAGAGAAGGCACCCUCCAUCAUCUUCAUCGACGAGCUGGACGCUAUUGGGACCAAACGGUUUGACAGUGAGAAGGCUGGUGACCGGGAGGUACAGAGGACCAUGCUGGAGCUCCUCAACCAGCUGGACGGAUUCCAGCCCAACAUGCAAGUUAAGGUUAUCGCUGCCACAAACCGCGUGGACAUACUGGACCCGGCUCUUCUGCGGUCCGGUCGUCUGGACCGCAAGAUCGAGUUCCCCAUGCCCAACGAGGAGGCUCGUGCUCGCAUCAUGCAGAUCCACUCGCGCAAGAUGAACGUCAGCCUGGAUGUGAACUAUGAGGAGCUGGCUCGUUGCACAGACGACUUCAACGGGGCCCAGUGCAAGGCUGUAUGCGUGGAGGCGGGUAUGAUCGCACUGCGCAGAGGGGCGACGGAGCUAAACCACGAAGACUACAUGGAGGGGAUCCUGGAGGUCCAGGCCAAGAAGAAGGCCAAUCUACAGUACUACGCUUGAGGGGCUGAUGGUGGGUCGUCAGGGCUAGGGGGGGCAUUUUAGUCCUUGAUGGUUUAAAUUGGGGCUUCUUGGGCACCUCUUCAGUGGAGUGAUGACAUUCCCUAUAUGUAAUGCUCAUUGGAACCCAUUUCACUGUUGUGCUGUAGUGUGAAGUGUGUUCGGCUGGCAAAGGAUAUAAGCUCACUGUGUAUGAGGGGCUCUUUUUCCGUCAUUACUUUAAAUAUCUAGCAGUUCAAGCACCGGGUUUAGCAGAGGACGUACACAUACCUGUAUUAUGUUCUUUGUAUCAAUUUCAUCUCAUAAUCCCAAGAAUUAAAAGAUUUUUUUGAAUGAA